UUUUUAAAAGACAAUCAAUAUGCCAGUCACAAAAAGUGUCAUAUUUGUCGUGGUGUUUGCUGUGGUGUCGUCGAUAAACGCUUCAAAAGUUGACAAAAAGUCAGGUAUAUAUGCGCAUCACCAUGAAAAGAAAUGUGAAGACUACAAGGCCGUAGCCAGCAAAUGUCAUAUGUGGAAGGAUCUGGGAUUCUGUUUUAAACAUCGAAAAGAAAUGGAAUUUGUUUGCAGUAAGACAUGCAAGUUUUGUGAUCCAGGUGAGAGUCACUGGACGUACACAUCCAAACCCGAUGAAAACGCGGAGACCAAAACCAUAAUAGAGACACCAAAUAAACCAAGCCCAGUGGUGGAGGUGAUGGGAAAGAAAAAAGCCCUGUAUCUAUCAAGUAAUGAUAUCGCAGGCAUGCUGCAGACUCUCUCAUCUCAAAAUUAUGACGUCACUGAGAAGCCGACACCGAAACCUAAAGAACUCGCUGUAAUUCAAGGGAGAAUUCAGAAAGUAGAGCCAGUUGUCAUUAAAACGGAUGCCAAAGGAGAGAUGAAAAUUAAGCCGACAAUAAGUGUUGGAGGGAAAAUGCAAACUGAACCAAAAGCUGCUGAAAAGGAAGAAUCUGGCGGAAAAGAUGAGGGAAAAAAUGAUGCAAAAGCUGAAGAUAAAAAAAAGGAAGGACAGAAUCGAGAGAAUAGCUUUGAAAAUAAACUUUUGGGGUUGAUGAGUCAGGUUAUUCGAGGAGGUUCUAGCGAGAGGGAAAAGAAACCCAAAGACAACGCAAGCGAAAUAAAGAAAGCUGAGUGUGUCAACAUACCAGAAAUCAUGAAAAUCUUACAGAAUUUGAAAGAAAAGAUGAAGAAAGACAAAGAAAAUCCUGUGAAAGAAAAACAGGCGACAGAACAGAAGCCACCAAAUGUCGCCAGUGCAGAGCAGAAAGUAAACACAACCGGAAAUCAAGUAUUGACUGCUAAGAACAAAGCUCUUCUCGCAGCUAUGAAACUCUUCCAAGCCAUUGGUCCAGCCUCAAAGGGAAACCAUUCAUCGCUGAUGGAACAGCUGACUGCUGCAGCUGAAGAAGCCAGCGUUGCUUUAAACCUUUUGAAUAAAACCGGAGCUGUUGAUAAACUUAAGGAAGCCAACGUACCCUCUAAAGUAGGAAAUGUAAUGUAUAACGUAAAGCUGUUGCAAGAAGAGCUGAAUAAAGCCAACAAAAACCAUAGUAAUGUGGUAACGUCAACUCCAGUCUUGGAGACAAAUGCUACAGCUAAUAGUACCAAAAUGGCGGUUGUGAAUGUGUCUUCCAGUAAUCCACAGCUUAGUGAGUUUAUUCUUAGACUUCAAGACAGCAUCACGAAUCCUCAAGGAAACGUCUCGGCUCUCUCCAGCUCUGUGAGCGAGAGGGGUGGCGUAGCGAUCAGGAAAGAGGAAGGGAAACCUACUUUAUCAGAGAUUAUUCCUUUUAACAUCAAAGUUGACGAUGCCGACUCAGACGCCACAGGUAACUUCAAGAGCGAAACUCCAACUGAGGGAACGACAAAACCAGAUACAAAAGUGACCUACCAAAGCGAUGAGCAAAAAAUUAUGGAAAUCUUAGACGGUUUGGACCAAGAUGACAAGCCAAAGACAGUUCAAGAUAAAGGCAACAGUGCAAAAGAUAUUGUGAUGCAGAUUCGAGAGGCUUAUGAUGAUCUUGGGGAGAUAGUAAAUGGGGCUGAAAUACAAGAAGGGUUAAAGAAAAAGAAGAAGAAGGAAGAUGAAGACAAUGAGGAGGAAACGGAAGAAAGUAGUGAAGAAAAGAAAAAGAAAGACGAGAAAAAGGACGAGAAAAAGGAUGAAAAAGAAAAGUUUUUUGACCCCAACGCUAAGCCUAAACCUAAGAAAAAGAAGCCUUUAACCAAAGAACAACACCUUGUGCUAGUGGUUUCUUUGAUCAAAAAGGCAGGCCAUUACCUUGAAAUGAUUGGUGCCAAGCGCGUCAAAAUGGCGGGAAAAAGCCAGRAUCCUUCAGAUGAAGACGCGUCCAUGCGUUCCUCACAUAACAGCUAUAACCAAGGAGACUGGAAAAUGUUGGCAACACGGCUCGCUAGACAGCUAGGAUUAGUUUUGAAAAAGAUGGCGGAGAAGGACGAGAAGUACAAAGCAGAGAGAAACCGACUUCAAAGUGUCUUGGCAGCUUUGGCACAAACAGAAUUAUCAACGAAACACACCUAUGAAGACACAAGUGAAGAAGGCGAUGAAGAAGGCGACGACGAUUACAACCAAGAUGAAGAUAGAAGCAAAAUUAUCCACAACAUGGCGACCAAACUUCUCAAUUUCAGCAAAACUAUAAGUGCAGUUCAAAAGUCUAGUAGAGGAAAACCUGUUAGAAAGAAAAAGAAAGUGCUCCAUAAUCUCGUCUCGAGGUAUCGAAGUUUAGUGUCAAAGAUUUUGAGCAACUGGAAGAAGUUGAAAGGGAAGAAGAAAAGUGGUAUCCCGAGACGAACGGGAAAGAGAGGAGAAAUUGUGAGAGGCGCUGGAAAUCAUACUCUCAAGGCAGUACAUGGAAAGCCAGUCGUAGCUAAAGUUAACCAAACUGAAGCAAAAGCAAAGCAGAAAACUCAAGAUACACAUAAAAAAGAAAAAACUACAGUAAUAAAACCUACACAAUCAGUGAGUUUACACGCUACAGUACAAACUAAGAAGACGAAGAAGAAAGCGGAGGAAAAGAAGGAGAUAGGAAAAGAAGCAACAAAAAAGGAAACCAUCACUCCUGAUUCCGAUGACGAGCAAGAUGUGAUAGAAAUAGUCCACAAAUAA